AACAAAGGUUAGAGAGAGAAAAAAAAGGAUUGCUGUUUCCUGGUUUCUUUCUCUGCAGAAUCGAGAUUACCAGAGGUUUUUGUGAUCAAUUGAAGGUAUGAGCAUUGAGUAUCCCUAAUUUCACUACUCAAUUUCGCAUUGCCAUUUCUGUUUGUAAAAUGUCAAUGCGCAUGAAGAAAGAGGUUUGUGGUGUUGAAAGAUGAUAGCCAUGGGGAGUAGGUUUGUUGUAUUAUUGUUGUUGUUGUUGUCGUUGUUGCUUCAGAGUACAUUGGAACAACGACAACCACCACCCGCCGUGGCCAGAUUUAGGGCAGAACGUGCAGCUCUGCUCCAGCUUAGAUCAUCGCUAGGGUUAAGAUCAAAGCAAUGGCCUUUAAAAUCCAACCCAUGUUUAAAUUGGGUCGGAAUCUUGUGUCAAAAUGGUAGUGUUAUUGGGAUCAAUAUUUCAGGGUUUAAGAGAACUCGAAUUGGGAGAAGAAACCCUCAAUUUUCAGUCGAUGCUCUUGCCAAUUUAACCAAUUUGGUUUCAUUUAAUGCUUCAAGAUUCACUCUUCCUGGUUCAAUUCCUGAUGGGUUAGGGCUUCAACUUCAAACCCUUCAAGUUCUUGAUCUUAGGUUUUGUCAAAUCUCUGGUGCUAUUCCUUUUACUUUUGGGAAUUUAUCUAAUCUCAAUCAAUUGUAUUUAUCUGAUAACUCCCUUACUGGUACUAUUCCAUCUAGUUUGGGUCAGUUAUUCCGCCUUUCGCUUCUUGAUUUAUCCAGAAAUUCGCUCACCGGGUUAAUCCCUGCAUCUUUUGGAUCUCUACUCAAUCUUACUUCCCUUGAUAUGUCUUCAAAUUACUUAUCUGGGGUCAUUCCUGAAGCUUUUGGGAACCUACCAAAUCUUCGGUUCUUGAAUCUUUCUGGUAACAGUCUUUCUUCUCCCAUACCCACCCAGUUGGGCAACAUUACUAGCUUGGUUGUUCUUGAUCUGAGUUCCAAUACUUUUUCUGGAACGCUUCCAUCAGAAUUCGCGAGAUUAAGGAACUUGCAGAGAUUAAUUAUCGGGAACAAUCUGUUUUUGGGUAAUUUGUCAGGUGACUUGUUUUCUCCUAGAAAUGAGUUGCAAUUUCUAGUUGUGGAUCACAAUAACUUCACUGGCAAUCUCCCUGAUGCAUUAUGGUCACUUCCUAAUUUGAGCUUUCUUGAUGCAUCUGAUAAUAAUUUUACGGGAUUUCUACCAAAUCUUAGUUUGAAUGCUAAUGUCACGUCUGCGGUGUUCAAUCUCUCGCAUAAUAUGUUUUAUGGAGGCUUCACAUCUGUUCUGAGGAGGUUUAGUUCCGUGGAUCUUUCCUACAAUUACUUGCAAGGCACGGUUCCAGAUUACGCUCGUGGGAUUGCGUCUUUAAAUAGAAACUGCCUCCGGAACUCCACGACUCAGAGGAGUGUGCGAGAAUGUGCGACAUUUUAUUCCAAGAUGAAUUUGCCGUUUGACAAUUUUGGAUUUCCAAAUGGAACUAUUCCGCCUCCUAGAAGUGGGCAUAAAAGCAACAGACGAGUGAUCAUAUUAGCAGCAGUCUUGGGUGGUGUUGGGCUCAUUGUCCUCCUUGCGAUUGUGGUGAUACUGGUGAUUGUAUGCUGCCGAAGGAGACGUACAACUACUCAAAGAGGAACUGGGGUGGGACCUGCACCACCAGCCGCUGCCGGCCCACCGCCGAUGGGAGUGUCUUUGGAUCUUUCAAGUUUGGGAGAAGCAUUCACUUAUCAGCAGAUUCUUGCAGCCACCCGUGACUUCAGUGAAGCAAAUCUCAUAAAAAAUGGCCAUUCUGGUGAUCUUUUUAGGGGUGUUCUUGAGGGUGGGAUACCCGUAGUCAUUAAAAGAUUUGACGUGCGUUCGGGAGCAAAGGAUAGUUACAUGCUAGAGUUAGAUUUAUUCAGCAAAAUAUCUCAUCCCCGAUUGGUGCCCCUUUUGGGACAUUGUUUGGAGAACGAGAAUGGGAAGUUUCUCAUUUACAAGUACAUGCCGAAUGGCGAUUUGUCGAGUUCGUUGUACAGGAAGAUGGAUUCAGAGGACGAUAGCUUACAGUCGUUGGAUUGGAUAACCAGAUUGAAAAUCGCACUAGGAGCCGCUGAAGGGCUCUCUUACCUGCAUCAUGAAUGUAAUCCACCCCUCGUUCACAGGGAUGUUCAAGCUAGCAGCAUACUUCUUGAUGAUAAAUAUGAAGUGCGGUUAGGGAGCCUAAGUGAGGUGUGCUCUCAAGAAGGGGACAGUCAUUCAAAUCGGUUCACCAGGUUGCUCAGAUUACCGCAGACAUCUGAACAAGGUGCUUCCGGUGUAGCCACUGCGACGUGUGCUUAUGACGUCUACUGCUUCGGGAAGGUCUUAAUGGAGCUUGUAACGGGAAAGAUGGGUAUCAGUGCAUCAAAUGAUCCAAACACAAAAGAUUUAUUGGAAGGGAUGCUCCCGUAUAUCAACAUAUACGAUAAAGAACUCGUUACAAACAUCGUGGACCCAUCUCUAAUCAUAGAUGAAGAUUUAUUAGAAGAAGUGUGGGCCAUGGCUGUCGUGGCUCGAUCUUGCCUGAACCCAAAGCCCACAAGGCGGCCGCUCAUGAGAUACAUACUCAAAGCUUUGGAAAACCCAUUGAAGGUGGUAAGAGAAGAAAGCGGCAGCUCAGCGAGGCUACGAACGCCUUCCUCCAGGGGCUCAUGGAAUGCUGCGUUGUUCAGUAGCUGGCGGAAUAGCUCAACGGACAUGGCGGCAGGAGCAGCGGCAGCAGGGGCGGGACCAAGUAGUCUUAAGCAGUCGGGGACGACGAGGUCCCAUUCACAGGGGAGUGGUCAUAACGGUGGUGGAGAUCAUUCGUCGUCGAAUAGAAAGCAAUCGAAGGACGUGUUCCCUGAACCGUUGGAUGUGCAAGAUGAAGAUAGAUCGGACGAUGAGUAUUGAGUGGCAGAAAAGAUUGAUUCUUUGUUAAUAACGCAGAAGCAGGUAAAAGCACCCCAUUAGCACACCAUGUAUAAUCCAUGGCAGGUAAGUUAUUGAUGAUGAUACAGAAAAGAGAAAGAGAAGAUGAUUUGUUUUUCUUGAUAGAGAAGAGACAUAAAUUGCAUGUGGGUGCGAUAUACAGUCGAUAGGAAACACCGGUUUAAAACCGCAAAUUGACCUUUGUUUCGGACUUUUUCUUUCCUUCCGGUUUUGUUGUUUAAAUUUCUUGGGGGUUUUUUUUGGGCUUGUUGUUUAUGGUUUAAAGCAAGCGAUUUUUUUGUUGUAAAUU